AUGCCCAAGCGGUGGCUAUCAAGGAACGGACGCCACAAUGACAGAUUGGUCAUUUCCUCGCCGAAGGGACCGGUACUCCACGACAACUCAGCCUUCGACUUCGCAUUCACCGAUCUUCAUUCUCAGCAGUUACCGGUCGCGAACAGCCUAUCUGCUCUUCCAUCCACAGCAACCGAAGACGCAAGACCAACGACCUCAGCUGGCGUGAUUCAACGAGCGCGCAAACCGCUGCGCAUAGACAUACUCAACAACCGACCCCGCUCAUCAGAUGGCACGCUGUCACCAGUCAUCGCCGCGAGGAUAGCAAAGAGACGGUCAAGUACGGGCCACGACUUCAUUGGCGUAGCGUUUGGCAGUCCGUCUCACCCUCCUAUGGCGUUCUGCAAUGACAACAUCGAUUACAAUCCGACGCAUUUUGAGCACGCAUUUGGCGCCGAGGGUCCUUUUCCGGAGCAGAGACUUCAACCCGCAAAAUGGAAGAAGCUGGGUAACCUGUUCCGUACCCGGCCCGGCGUGGCCAAAGGCCGCAGUGGAGGACUGAGGGACGACCUGGAGAGCUCACAUGGCCCAGGACCACGACAUCACUGGUACAAACAGCACUCGGUCACCGCUGAUCAAGCUCGGGUACCAGCUACGAUUCGAGUAGAGCAUCCACAGAAGGUGCACGACGGUAGCGAUCCGAAGACAGUGCUUGAUCUGCAGCCGUCUCCGCCCAUGCCUGCUUCGACAGCAAUGCGAAAGCAAGCAUCUUUGCCCAGGCUGGACACUCAGCCACCGAAUUUGCGUACUUUGCCACAUUCAAAUUCGUCUUCAUCGUUACUUGCGCGACGCAGCAGGACAUUAGAGAACCUUAAACCUGGUACCUGGCUGCGAGUCUCCACGGACGAAGAAUCGGAAGCUGGUGACCUGCCUCGAUCUGCAAGACGACAGACGACGCCCACUAUGUCGAAACCGCCAAGCAUUGCCGGCCUCACUGGAUCGACCAACUCGCCAGCGGCUAGCAAAUAUUCCCUAUUUCCGCCCACGAGCAACAUUGUGACGGGCCACUCACCGCUUCGAGGCCGGUUGGAGAGAGCACAUACAUCACCAGCUCGACUCUCGCCUGCACAGAAACAAUUCCCAGGUAGUACUUGCCCGGCCCAGCAACGAAGAGGAGUCACGAAUACGGAUGCGCCUGCCUCGGCUGCGGUUUCGAGCCCAGAAGAGCACACAGCUUCAACAACGCAGACAGAUCGAGGUCCAUGGUCCACAAAGCACUCGAAAGAGUCGUCGACUUCUUCUGCCAACACUGCAGAGAUGGAGGAAAUCUUUUUCGACAUAAAAUCCUACCGUGACUCGAACGGUCUCGAGAAAAAUGACCUUUUUGAGAUGACAAGACCUGAUUCCGUUCAAGUCUCGCUCGCGCGGACACGAUCCAAAUUAACCGCGGCAGGUCGGCCAUCACAUUUGCAGCAUUCGAUGACACACAAGCGCGGUCAGUCGUCUGUUGCAUCGAUCGUGCGAGGCAAGACGCCUCAGGAAGACAACCAAAUGCGUAUCGAGGCAGAAAAGCUGCGUGAGAUAGAGCUACGUGUGCAACAGGAGGUGCAGGAAAAGAGGGAGAAGUUGCUCAAUGGUGUUCCUCAAAUCCCGACUCCAAAUGUGAAUGAGGGUCGCUUCUCAGUCAGUACGGCAAUCUUCGACGAGACGAUCGCUGCAGUAGAAGCCAUGUCUGCUCCCACGGGUCCACGAAGCGGUACUGAGGUCAAGAAGGGAGGCGGGGGUUCUGAAGCGGGUGCACAACCGACACAAAGUGGGUUCCCGAAACGGACAACAUCUCACACAGAACAGCCCAGUCUGAGCACGAAGCUUCUCCCUCCAGAUCCUGGGAUGCCGAACAUGCGGCCAACGCCUUCAUCGAAAGACAAGACGGCUACUAAAAUUGUGCCCGCAGCUGAGAGUGGCAGGACAUCUUCGCUGGGUGAUCAACUCCUGGCGGACAAGCCAGAAAGGAAUGCGAGAGCACCUUCGCCGCUUCCAACCAAGGCUGUCGCAGAGACUACGUCACGAAGGCAGGCUACAGCUGUGCAGAAGGCCCGCGAAGAGCACAGUCUGGAUCUGAAGCGCAAGCCGUUGCCUGCGUCCUCAGAUGUGCUUGUCGAGAAAUUCAAGACAGCAUCACCUCAGAUAGGAUCACAGCUUACUCCAUUGAGUGCAACUUCGGUCUACUCACAGUCGUCUCAGCCAUCGCCUAGUAGCGGUAGCCAAGUCUCGAAGACCUCUCUCCUAAGCCGCGUUAGGAAACAUGACAGACCAAUUGAGGAGUCGCCAACGAUCCCACAAUCUCCUGGACCCGGCAAACACAAUCCAAACAGAGCAACUCUAAAGGAGAAGCCUCCUCCGGUGCCAGAGAAGGAUGCGAAGUUUAUUCCCAUCUCGAAAUUCGCAGCCAAGAGCACCAUCGCGAAAGUUGAGCAGCGCGCUUUCGUCGCCUCUGAUGUCGCCGCCAGGCGCAGUGACUGGGCUACGCAAGGCACACCAAACGCUGAUAGGCCGACUAGACCUGUGCGGACUCAGACUCUACCCAGCCCGAAGUCGCCUAUGUUUGAACAAUUCUCGUACAAGCCAUCUCCAAAAAUAGCGGAAGCUCAAAAGGCAAAGAAGUCGCCACAGCUCAAAGAAGCUCUCACCGUCGUUCAGGCCAAACCUGCUGCUGAAGUCUCGGUGGCGAGGACGGUCAGCCUGGCUCGGAAGCAGAGUAAACGUGUGAACGUGGCGACACCGAAACUCGAAGCCAGAAGGCAGGAGGAGGAGGCGAAGAGUAAGGAGAAGGAACAGCAGCAACAAACCGAGCACCGAUAUGCUGCGGACCAUCAGGCGAUAGCACCGCCGCGCGCCGCCCCGCCACCUGCCGGUCUGGGUCUGGUGAUGGGUGACGCUGUCAUGCCGCCCUCGGUAUCAUUCCACACCAAGAACGACUCCACCUCCUCCUUCGAUCGCAACCUUGAACGAAGCAAAGGGCCGCUGAACUCAAACCCAAGCACUCCCGAAUAUGUUCUCGAAAACCCAGUUGAGAAAGCCGAGCGAGAGCGCGCCCAGAAAGCUGCAAUCGUCGAAGCUGCAAAAGCACGGGCCAGGGCGCGGCGACGAGCAGAAUCCGAGACACGUGAGCAGAAAGCUGGAUCGACUGAGGAGGCGGUGAAGCAGUAUCGCGACAGUCAGGGAGAUGAGGAGAAGGCGAGGUGGGAUCUGGUGGACAAUGCACGGGCCCGGGCGAUGAGUCCCUUGAUGGUCGAGGGGCAUCGGGGCCACAAGCCGGGGGUUAGUAUGAACGUUGUUGUUGAGAGUGCUUGA